UGCAAAUGAGCCGCUGCAAGUUCAAGGGGCGGUCCUCGCUUCCGGUACCUCCCAGCUAUUGCCCCCGGGUCUGCGUGAGGGACCCCCCGCUCCUGACCCUCCGUCCUCUUGUCCCAAGCUCAUGCAGACCGUCCGGAUCGAUGCGAGGAUUGUCUUACACUGAAAAAAAAAAAUACUUUGAAAAUGACUUCAAAACUUUUUUUGGUGUCCUUCAUACUUGCUGCACUAAUACUCUCAGUUACAUUUUCUCUCCAACCAGACCAGCAAAAGGUUCUACUGGUUUCAUUUGAUGGAUUCCGUUGGGAUUACUUAUAUAGAGUGCCAACACCCCAUUUUCAUUAUGUUAUGAAGUAUGGUGUUCAUGUGAAGCAAGUUACUAAUAUUUUUAUCACAAAGACCUACCCUAACCAUUAUACUUUGGUAACUGGCCUCUUUGCGGAGAAUCAUGGGAUUGUUGCAAAUGACAUGUUUGAUCCCAUUCUGAAUAAAUCUUUCUCCUUGGAUAACAUGACUAUUUAUGAUUCUGAGUUUUGGGAAGAAGCGACGCCAAUAUGGAUUACAAAUCAGAGGGCAGGACAUUCUAGUGGUGCAGCCAUGUGGCCUGGAGCUGAUGUGAAAAUACAUAAUAGCUUUCCUACUCACUACAUGCCUUACAAUGAGUCUGUGUCAUUUGAAGAUAGAGUUGCCAAAAUUAUUGAAUGGUUUACAUCAAAAGAGCCCAUAAAUCUCGGUCUUCUUUAUUGGGAAGACCCUGAUGAUAUGGGCCACCACUUGGGACCUGAGAGUCCACUCAUGGGGCCUGUCAUUUCGGAUGUUGACAACAAGUUGGGAUAUCUCAUACAAAUGCUGAAAAAGGCCAAGUUGUGGAACAUUCUGAACCUAAUCAUCACAAGUGAUCACGGAAUGACCCAGUGUUCUGAGGAAAGGAUAAUAGAACUUGAUCAGUAUCUGGAUAAAGACCACUAUAUCCUGAUUGACCAAUCUCCAGUAGCGGCCAUCUUGCCAAAAGAAGGUAAAUUGGAUGAAGUCUAUGAAGCCCUAGCUCAUGCCCAUCCUAAUCUUACUGUUUACAAAAGAGAAGAGAUUCCGGAAAGGUGGCGUUACAAGUACAACCAUCGAAUUCAACCCAUCAUAGCCGUGGCUGACGAAGGGUGGUAUAUUCUACAGAAUAAGUCAGAUAACUUUCUGUUAGGCAACCAUGGUUAUGAUAAUGCAUUAGCAGACAUGCAUCCAAUAUUUUUAGGCCACGGUCCUGCCUUCAGAAAGAAUUUCACGAAAGAAGCCAUGAACUCCACAGAUCUGUACCCUCUGCUCUGCCACCUCCUCAACGUCACAGGCAUGCCACACAACGGAUCAUUCAGGAAUGUCCAGGAUCUGCUCAGUUCAACAAGCCCGGGAGCACGUCCUCACACACCAAGUCCUACGCUCCUCCAUGGUAGUGUCAAGCCCGGAGAGGAUGAGCAUGAGGAGUCCUAUGCUUAUUUUCUAGGGGUGUCUCUCGGCAGCAUUUUGGUGAUUGUAUUUUUUGUAAUUUUCAUUAAACAUUUACUUCACAGUCAAAUACCUGCCUUACCAGACAUGCAGGCUGAAAUAGCUCAACCGUUGUUACAAGCCUAAUGCUACUUUGAAGUGGAGAUGGUGUACUUAUUUCAGUGUUUAAAGGUUUCAGAUUCUAGGAAACCAGUUUCAGGCAUUUGCCCAGAUCAUUAGGCAGUUAUAUACAUAGACAGGCGCACACACACACACCAGAAAGGAUUAAAGUGGGGAAGUAUGAAUCUGUUAUUCUCUCUGGCUUAGGGGUAGAUAAAAUCCUGCUUUAUUUGGACAUGGCACAUAUAUAUAUUUAGCAGCUUUGCACUAUUUAAAGUACCUUAUGUAUUGUACUUUAAAUUACUCUCCUAAUGGGUACUUUUAUAUGAAAUGCACUUUACUGAUGAUUAUGUCUUACAAUUUGGUUGAAAAAGACAAAUUUUUUUCUGCCCACAUCACAGAAUACUUGUUAUUUGUUGUUAAAACUGAAUGAAAUUUCAAAUAAUUCUGAAGAAUGUCAAAAUCUGUCUCCUUAAACCAGGAGUGCAAAAAGAAAGUCAAAACUGUUGGAAAUUAAAUGCGACAACCUUUGUACAUCGAAUUUUGGAGAGAUGCAUUCCCAACAGCAGGAUGCAUCUGUGGGCAUUCCUUCUCAUACUUCUUUCUAAAAGUCAUGGGUUUUCAUUUUAUUUUUCUUAAAAAAAAAGAUUCAAGUACU